AACGUCGACCUCACCGUCGAGCUAAACAGGGAGCAGAGAGGACAGGGCGCCACCUUUAUUUCGCAUAUCAGUCACCACGUUCAACCCCCACCGUCGACGACGACUGCAACUUCGAGAAUAACGGCCGUUGGCGCUCAAUCAUCCACAGGUCCGGAAUCGCGGCAAGAGUCAUGCCUCCCACUACCGUCUAUCGCAACAGUGGAUAUACCGUUCGAUGAAUCACCCGCCGCAUAUCAGCCGAAGAAGGAGGAAAAACGUCCGCACUGUGACGGUGACUAUGGGCACACAUCCGGUGCAGAAAGGCCUGGGGAUUCUCGAUUCACAUGCAGCGUGACAUCGGAGAUCGUGGUGAUUUCCAUAAACGGUGAAGAACUCAAGGAUAAAUAUCCGUCGGCGAUCAACCGCAUGUUACACGAAGCUGCCAGAUUGGGUGAAGCUGAAGUAUGCAUUGAACGAAAGGACGGUAUGUUGGAUAGUGUGUCAAUAGGUCCAGGUCGGUUUCAUUUAUGUACAUCCUUUCCAGGCACACCAACGCGCUCGGCUGCUGUUUCUCCAAGUCGAAGUUAUCUUGAGAGCAGAACGAGUACACGUUCCGAAUACAGAACUUCGAGCGGGCCAUCUUCUGAUUACAAGGUGACAUCAAUGCACGAAAAAACUGGUCCAGGUAAAUUGACAGAUUUCGUGCCAGAAAGUGAACGAGCCGAUGGCACAGGCCAAAGGCAGGAAAGGAGAAGGAAAGAAUUUUCCUAUCGUCGUGCUUCUGAUGAGGAACCGCGUCUGAUACGCAAUUACGACUUACCACCAGCAACGCCAACAACCACAAGAGUCACUCCAAUUCCCGUUACGAGUGCAAAGGCCCUUAAUGGAGGCGGUGCUUGGUAUGCUUGUUAUAAGUGGCUAAAUCUUCGUUUCAAUGAGGCCUCACAAUUUCAACGUGCAACGAUGCGGAGCUUCGAAGCGCAGCGCAACGGCAAGGUGCGCGACCAAUGA